AUGGAACUAGCUUCAGGGGAAGAUGACUGCCUUUGUCAGAGACAAAAGUACUGUGUAGAGCGGCCCAUAUGCACACAAGAAUAUCUCCAAGAACAUCUGCACCAAAGGAAGAAAGAGCCAGUGUCUAUCCUCCAUAAAAUUUCACAAUCUUGCAGGUGUACUACUAAGAAGGCAAAAUCUCAGCUGUACAACUUUCUUCCAAUCUUAAAAUGGCUGCCACGGUACCCAGUGAAAGAGUAUCUCCUUGGAGAUAUCAUUUCAGGCCUGAGCACAGGGGUCAUGCAGCUCCCCCAAGGUUUAGCGUAUGCCUUGCUAGCAGCUGUACCGCCAGUGUUUGGACUAUAUUCUUCAUUUUAUCCAGUGUUCCUGUAUACCUUCUUUGGAACAUCAAGACACAUAUCAAUAGGUACCUUUGCAGUGAUCAGUCUAAUGAUUGGUGGGGUCGCAAUACGAAUUGCCCCAGAUGAGAUGUUUCAUAUAGUGGAAACCAAUGUCACAAAUAGCACAGAUUACCUAGAGAAAAUUGAAGCAAGGGAUGCAAUGAGAGUGAAAGUA